AUGCUGCCGGGAGCGAAGGACGCGAUUGAGAAGAACACCACAACGAUGCAACUGCAGCCAACAACGGAGAAUCUGUCCAGGGGAUCGAGGCAGGGUGACGGAGGUGCGACGGUCCAAACUGAAGAUGGUGACCCGGUUGUUAUAGAAGAGAACCUGAAGGCUCGAGUGAAGGCAUCAGCUGUUGUUCGAUCCCAGUCGCAUGGCGCGGUGUCUUGGCGAGUGCCCCACGAUGCUCAGAGGGGCCAUCCAGGUUUCAACGUAGACUAUGAUGCCCCUAAAACGCAUCCUCCUUCGCACAACUGA